AUGACAUUUAGAAUAUCUAAAGGGCAUCCAGAUGAAGAAGUUCUGUCCGAGGAGAGUGGUAGCAGUGACUCACGCACGCGGGUGCCUCGGUGCGGUGGGGGCGCGGAGGGCGGGAAAGCGGGGACGGAGCUCACGGCGCAGGCCUGGCCGGGGUUCUGCGGGGUCGCGGGCGGCGGCCGGCGGGAGGAAGGGGCGGUGCGGCGCGGGGCGGGGCGGUUACUCAGGGCGGGCAGUUCAAACCGAAGGAGGGAAAAGGCGGCGGCCCCACGCGGACCCGGCGUGGAGGUUGCCAUAGCCGAGCAUCCCUGGGGACGAGGCCGCGGCUCCUCGGCGGCGCUCGGGCGGCUGCGGCCCACAGAUCUCCGCCCGGCGAGUCGGCGCGGUGGGCGCGGCCGCCCCCGGGGCCCCCAGGUGGGCGGGAGCGGGGACGCCAGGUGUGUGAGGGCGGCCGGCCUCUGGGCGUCCCCAGCCCCGCACCCGCUCAGCUUCCCAGGGGCCGCGACGAGAGAGGCGCCCCGACGCGGUUCGCCUUCCUCUUGCUCUGGGUCCAGGCGACGCCCGCCCGUCCUCGGCCCGUCGGCGGCUUCCUGGGGCCCUGGGGCCGGCCCGGCCUCCCUCAGCCAGCCCGGCCUGGGGAGGGCCCGCGGACUGACGAGCGGCCUGGUUGACGCCCCCCGGGGAGACCCCUACGUAACGUUGGCGUCUAAGAACUCAAGAUAUACUGAUGAAGCAGAGAUUUUGAAGAUGUCAGAAAGGCAUUCAGGUCAAGCCGGCGCUGGAGCAGGAAAUGAGGUGGACUCUCCUGUUGUCAGGGUCAAGUCCUCCAGCUUUGGAGACCUUUGUUCCACAUCUUCUUUUCAAGAUAGUGGCUACAGUGAGCUGUUAAAAUCAUGCAGCUUUGAUAAUACAGAUAAAGAAUUAUUUGGAAAAAAAGAAAGAGGCUCAACAUUGAUCCACGAACAUCCUGAAACUUCAAGUUUGGCCUUAACCCAUAGUUUAGAGUCUCCCACUCAAAGAAAGAGAUUUGUCUUCCUCAGGAAGGAAAAUGAUAAAACCCCAGAACUGUGUGAAACUCCUAAAGUCAGUGGAAAAAAGCAUUUGCUGCGCAGAAGAUUGGACAUAUCUUUCUCUCUUCUAGACAGGGACUUUGAAUCACAAAACAGUUCCCUCGAAAGUAGUACAAGCCAAGUUCCCAAUUUAGAAAAAAAUAUUCCAAGCAGUGCUUCAGGCUUUCCAAGGCAAGAUAAUUUUAGUUCUUCAGUUACUAGCACUUUGAGAACAGAAGAAGUAACUUCCAGCAGUCAAAAAUUGAGACUUAAUUUUUCUCAACAGAAGACUUCCACAGUGGAUGAUUCCAAAGAUGACUAUGGCCUCUUUGAAGUUGAAUGUAUAUCUCCAAUUCAGGGCAGUAAUUUUAAAGACUCUAUCACACAUGACUUUAGUGACAGCAGUCUAUGUAUUAAUAAUGAGAAUACAUAUCCCGAACUUCUGGGCUUUUCUGUUGGUGGAACAAGCUGUAGAACAGAUGAGGACAUAUUUGUGACUCCAAUCAGUAAUCUUGUACCAAGUGUUCAAUUUAAUGCAAGCCGAAGAUUUUCUCCUUCAGCUGGAGUGAGACGCAAUAUUUCGACCCCUGAAGACAGCGGUUUCAACUCACUUUGCUUGGAUAAAUCAGAAGAUUCCCUAUCUGAGCAAGAGGGCUCUUUCCAAGAACUAUUUCAGAAACAUAAGGGAACUCUCAAAGUCAGGGACACCAUAAAAAAGUCAAGGCGUCUUGGAAGAUUGAGAAGACUGUCCACCCUUCGGGAACAAGGCUCACAAUCUGAGACAGAAGAAGAAAACCAGACCUACCUCUCUAGCUCUGAAUCAACACCAGCAACCACUUCAGACAUUUCAGAGAGCCAGCCGAGCAGUGACAAUAAGUGUGAGGAUUUAAGCUUUAAGAAUUUAUCGAAGACCCCAGCCUUGCAAUUAGUGCAUGAGCUUUUUAUGAAAAGCAAAAGGAAAAGAUUCCAGCAAAACGGUGCACAUGAAUUGUUAGAAGAAAGGGACGGGGGGAAAAUAGCUAUACUACAGCGUGUACUUGCAGGACUGAUUGGCAAGAAAAUGGGUAUAGAAAAACUGGACAUCUUAACAGAAUUAAAAUACAGAAAUCUAAAGCAUGUUCUUGCUAUGGUUUUAGAUUCCUUGACUGCAGAAAGCCUAUGUAGUGUUUGGAAAGUGAGCAGAAAUUGGCGUGAAAUUAUUGUUCAAGAUAAAAAAGCAAAUCGGAGGAGGAAAUUACAUAUCACACAACUGAAAACAGAUUCUGAGGGGGCUAUAUUAAAUGUUGAGGAUGCCGCCACUCGGCUCCAUCUCUUAAAUCGAUCAGCUUUAAGGUCUGUGCAAGCACAGGCUAGGACACCAGGUUUUCAGAAAGAACAACCUUCAACAUUUUCUCCUUGGGGAGAAGUUUUGACACCUAUAGCAAACUCUUCUGUUACUCACUUAAGUAGUAAACAGGAAGAAUAUGUCAAGGUUGCCAAAACACUUUUUAUUGAUGAAGCGUUAAAACCUUGCCCAAGGUGCCAGUCCCCUGCUAAGUACCAGCCUUAUAAGAAAAGAGGGCUAUGUAGCCGCACAGCCUGUGGCUUUGACUUUUGUGUGCUAUGUUUGUGUGCUUAUCAUGGGUCUGAAGAAUGUAGUAGAGGAGCAGCAAAGCCAAGAAAUAGAAAAGAUGUUCUUCCAGGAAGUGCCCAGAGUAAGCGGAAUUUAAAACGCCUCUAAAGAGACUUUAAAUAUAAAAGAAGCAUUCCCUCUGAGCAACAUUUUGUGUGACUUAAAAUUAUGA